ACCUUCGAGUUCAAAUGCCGAACGUGGACGUAAGCCUUUAUGGAGAUAUGUCAAAAUAUCUAAUACCGGAGGAGGCAACAAUGGUGAGGUGAAUUGGGAAUGUAAUUUUUGCCACACGCAAAAGAAGACAACAUACACCCGAGUUGUGAAACACUUAUUGAAGCAAGGUGGGGGGAUCAAGGCUUGCCCCAAAGUAACACAACAAGAUAUGGAUGAGAUGCGUAAACUGAUUGAGGAAGAGGAGAAAAGACAACUUAUCAACACUCCCAAAAAUAUCCCAUUGCCACCUACUGCUACAAGAUUUAUGUCGGAUGUUUACAAGGGAUAUGAUGAUUCGUCAUUGUCAAAGAAGAGAAAGGGAAGUGACAAUGAUUCGUCGUCCCCUCUUGGCAAAGCUUUCAACAUUCAAGGACGCAAUACCUUGAAUGCAUUGAUUGCAAGGUUCUUUUAUGCAUCGGGCUUGCCAUUUCAUUUGGCAAGAAGUCCUUACUACGCUGCUAGCUACGCCUACGCCGCCAAUCAUAAUUUGCCGGGAUUUGUGCCACCUGGGUACAACCUCUUGAGGACAUCCUUACUCCAGCAAGAGAAGGCAAAUGUGGAGCGCCUCUUGCAACCCAUUAAAAGCACUUGGCGUGAGAAAGGAGUUAGCAUUGUUAGUGAUGGAUGGAGUGACUCACAGAGACGACCAUUGAUCAACUUCAUGGCCGUGACAGAAAGUGGACCUAUGUUCUUGAAAGCUGUUGACUGUUCAGGAGAAAUUAAAGAUAAAACCUUUAUUUUUAAUUUGAUGAGAGAAGUCAUCGAAGAAGUUGGCCCCCAGAACGUGGUUCAAGUAAUCACGGAUAAUGCGAGGAAUUGUGCUGCUGCUGGAGCCCUAGUGGAGGGAUUGUACCCUACCAUUGUUUGGACGCCGUGUGUUGUUCACACACUCAACUUGGCGUUGCAAAAUAUAUGUGCUGCGAAGAACAUAGAGAACAAUCAAGAAACUUAUGCAUUAUGUUCUUGGAUCACCGAUGUUGCAGCAGAUGCUAGUAUGAUCAAGAUUUUUAUCAUGAAUCAUGGGAUGAGGUUAGCAAUCUUUAAUCAAUUUUCCUCUCUCAAGUUGCUUUCAAUUGCUGCAACUCGAUUUGCUUCUAUCAUUGUGAUGUUGAAGCGACUUAAGCUUCUUAAGAGAAGCUUAAGUACCAUGGUGAUAAGUGAGCAAUGGGAUUCUUAUCGAGAGGAUGAUGUGGAGAAGGCAAGCUUAGUGAAAAUGAAAGUAUUAGACGAUCUUUGGUGGGAUAAGGUUGAUUACAUACUUUCUUUUACGGCUCCUAUAUAUGACAUGCUUCGAGCAUGUGACACCGAUAAGCCGUGUCUUCACUUGGUCUACGACUUGUGGGAUACAAUGAUAGAAAAAGUGAAGGCUGCAAUAUACAAGCAUGAAAGAAUCCAAGCUCAAGAUUCAUCUCCUUUCUAUGAAGUGGUCCAUACCAUCUUGGUAAGUCGAUGGAACAAAAACAACACCCCUCUCCACUGUUUGGCCCAUUCCCUAAAUCCAAGAUAUUAUAGUGAUCAGUGGCUUUCAGAAGACACCUCUCGAGUCCCUCCACAUAGGGAUAAUGAAGUUGCAAAGGAGAGGCAGAAAUGUUUGAAGAAGUACUUUCCAAAUAUUGCUCAAAGGAGGAUUGUGAUAAGGGAGUUUGCUAACUUUUCUAGCAUGGCGGAUGAUUUUGCUGAUUCUGACUCAAUUGAGCAACGCUACGAGUUGGACCCUAAGAGUUGGUGGGUGACAUAUGGUCCAAGUGCUCCGACACUUCAAAGUUUAGCUUUGAAACUCCUUGUCCAACCUUCAUCUUCUUCAUGUGCCGAAAGGAAUUGGAGCACAUACUCUUUCAUUCACUCGUUAAGAAGGAACAAAUUGGCUCCCCAACGUGCUGAAGAUUUGGUUUACAUUCAUAGCAAUCUUCGUUUGCUAUCUAGAAGAACUCCUGAAUACUCUAAAGGAGAGACAAAGUUGUGGGAUAUUGGAGGAGACAACUUUGGUACACUUCAGGAUGUUGGAGAUCUAGAGAUUGCGGAGUUAUCACUUGAUGAGCCGGAGUUAGAGAGUGUUGUGUUCACUGAAGAGGGCAGUGGUGAUAUACCAGAUGGGGAAGAGGAUGAGGAUGAGGAAGCUUUCAUGACUUAGUAGCUUGUUAGUUGUUAGUGUGUAUUGAACUGGAACUGACUUUAUUUAGUAAUAUUUGUGUGUUUUAUUUGGAUUUGUGAACUAACUUCUAAGUUUUAACUUAGAAUUAAGUAGUUAUUUGCUCUAUUUGGUUAUGAA